AUUUGCUGGCGAUAUAUUUGUAACCACCUUCCUGUCCGUUCCUUUUUAUCCUGUUGCGAAGGACCGUCACGCCUAUUUUUCAUUACAAGCAAAAACGCAAGGGCAUAUGACAAUUUUCUAGUCAGACUUUCAACGGGUUUGCUUUUAUUCUUUGUUAAGAUGUACUUUGCGUGCACUUGACGCGAUACACGACCGCGCCUCUCAAAAUUUCAUGACGAUGACAAUGUCAACGAGAUCCACUUGGCGCGAGACAUUACCGUGUCUUUUGAUUUCCAUAACUGCGAAACAUGCGAACGCUGUCAUAUCGAUACGACGAUCGAUCCGCGCGAUCUUCCGUCUGUCCGCUGAUGAUAAUGUCAGGAAUAAUGUUGAAAAAUUGAGCAGUAGGUUCUUAUAACUUCGAAUAAUAUUCGCGUAAAAAUUCCAGUGACGAUACCAAUCGUGAAAUCAUCUCAGGAUGCGCGAAUAAAUCGCGGGCUUUGCACCGAGACAUCGGCGAUAGUAAUUGACAUUUUCGUAUCUAUUAUACGUAACAGAAGUAGAAAAUCGGUUUAGUUGUCUUCGAGUUUUUUGGAAGAGAAAGGAACAUGUCCAGCGCGCCGAAGGAUUUCUCCUGCAUCGGAGGGCUGGAGAAGCAUAUUAGAAUCGUGAAGGAGAUGGUCCUCUUCCCGCUGAUGUACGGAGACGUGUAUGCUAAGUUUAAUCUCAGACCGCCGCGCGGUUUACUGUUCUACGGUCCUCCAGGAACGGGAAAGACUCUCGUAGCCAGCGCAUUAGCGACAGAGUGUAGCAAUUCCGAACGCAAGGUCUCCUUCAUCUCGCGUAAAGGUUCCGACUGUCUUAGCAAGUGGGUCGGGGAGAGUGAAAAGAAGCUCGAGAAGGUCUUCUCCCUGGCGCAACAAACGAAACCGUGCAUUAUUUUCUUCGACGAAGUUGACGGUCUCGCGCCUGUGAGAUCCAGUAGGCAGGAUUUCGUUCACGCUAGCGUGGUCUCCACUCUCUUGGCUCUGAUGGACGGCCUUGACAACAAUUCUGAGAUUAUAGUAAUAGGUGCAACCAACAGAAUCGAUGCGAUAGAUCCCGCUUUGAGAAGACCCGGCAGAUUCGACAAAGAACUGUACUUCCCUUUGCCUUGCUACAGCGCCAGAAAAGAAAUACUUUCGGUACACAUCAAAAGCUGGAAGCAGAAACCAGCGCAGAAAUUCCUGGCGUAUUUGGCAUCAAAAACGAUAGGAUUCUGCGGCAGCGAUCUGCAGGCUCUCUGCGCCGAGGCAGUGAUGUGCUCUGUCCGCAAAAAUUACCCGCAGAUCUAUAACUCCAAGUCCAAAUAUCACAUCAAUGAACGCCACCUCAAAGUGGAAAAGGAAGAUUUCCUGAAGGCGCGCCAGAACAUCGUACCCGCAUCGCAUCGCGUCAUCAUCGCUCCGAUCAAGAGUUUAUCCCUCAAGAUCCAGCCGUUGUUGCAAGAGGAUCUAGCGGUAAUCCUGUCGCGCUUGCAAACACUCUGUCCAGAUGGCAUGCUGACUUCUGACAACAUUACAGGCAAGGCCACGUCCAAGUCGAGCGGUUGUCCGCGAAUUUUGCUGUGCGGCGAUGACGAAUCUCACACUCGUCAUCUUGGACCGGCGUUGCUGCACAUCUUGGAGCAUUUGCCGUGCCACAUCCUGGACGUCACGACACUGUUCGAGGAAACGGGCAAGGCGGCCGAGGAAGCCAUGAUACAAAAGAUCAAAACUGCGCGUCGCAACUUACCGGCGUUGCUGUACAUGCCCGGAGUCUUGACCUGGUGGGACCUGGUGGAUGAAACAGCCAGAGUGGUUUUUACCUCUUUAAUGCGUGGUCUCGAUCGAUCGGUGCACAUGCUCGUGCUAAUGACUGCCCACUGUCGACGCGUUAAUCUGCCAUCGGAGAUUGCAGAAUUGUACGACGAUAAUCGUGGCGAAGUAUACGAAGUGAGAUCGCCUUCGCCUCAGAAGCGACGUUCCUUUUUCAAGCAGCUGUUCAAUGGAAUUGACAAUCUUUCUGAUCGCUCCUCGCAAGCGGAUCUGGCGCCAAUCUUGUACCCGAAGAAGCUCAAGGGCGAGAAUAAAAAGCCGAGGAAUCACGUACAUUCAACCGAUUCCAACGGAUUACUAGCAACGAACAUCAAGAGAGAAUACAACGCGUCCGGUGAGGGUUCGCCGUCCAAACGGCAGAGACUAACAUCUGGCGCUUCCUCAGCUCCGUCGAGCACCGAGAAGCUGUCCAACUCGCAAAUUGAGGAUUUAGUCGAAACGAUCGUAAGAUCGACCGACGAGUGGCCAAGCCAUCUGCUCGAGAGUCUGUUCUCCUCCCUUGAGCUUACAAUGGAGAACAACGGGGAUCUGUGUGCAACGGUGAACGAAUAUGUCGCGCGUUAUGAGGAAUUGAAACGGGUCAAAAUGCGAGCGAAGCAAGAAGACGAUUGACCGCUAAUUUGGUGAAACGUCCUUUGUGAAUCGUCCCUUGUGUAAUGUCCGAAUCUACGAAAUGUGAUGCAACAGAACGCAAUAAUUGAUACGAUGAGAAAUUCGUGGAAUGUAUAAUAUUGUGAUGUAAUAUUGUGAUGUAAUAAAUGACACGGUGAAUUAUUUUAAAGAAUAUUCUAUGUACUCUCUUUUCACCGAAAAAAGA